AUGAAUCUAUCACCGAUAGGAAGUCAGCUGCAACAGGAGCCAAUUUUGCGAGCGAAAAAUCUGGGCCGAAGAGUUUCAAUACAAAACAACCAGCUGAAUAGUAACUGGGAAAGAGUGAAAAAGUCGCUGGAGAAGAUUCGACUCUUUUCCGAGAGUAAAAUGGAAAAGGACAAAAACGAAAUGCUGAAAUAUCAAGAGAAACUCAGGGGAAGCAGUGGAACGUACCAAUUUUACGAGGAAGCAUCCAAGGUAAUAACAACACCAAGAAGCCGAGCAACGAGUUUCACUAUGGGUCAAGGGGAAGCCAUGAAACAAGAAAAUCUGGUAAGAACACGCCAACGGCGUUCAUCCAUUUCAAGCGAAUCGUCAGCUCAAACUAGCACUGUUAGUUCUGAGCAAAAGCGAGUUUUUUCGAAGACGAGCAAGUUUAUCACUAUUAGAUCUUCGGAAGCUGAACGAAGGUUUAGCAGGAAAAUCUCGUUUGGCAGAUAA